UACUUGUGAGAAAGACAAAUGAACAGUACUCGGCAUUUGAACGACCUUGAUGCAGCAGAACCGUUUCCGAGAAGGAAGGACUUCCAGGUCGCCAAAGACGCGACUCAAAGCUGAAGUCCCUUCAACAAACCAAACACGAGACGCGCCUCAAGUUUACUUUGGCAACACAUCGCCGUGCUCUGCUUACUUCCAGCCAACCGGUCAUGGACCCGCCAAAGACUCCCGCACCGCUGCGAAUAACUUCAUACGCGGAUGCCGUGAGAGGGUUCAAGCCCACCCCCACCAAGCGAAAAGCCGAGGAGAAGAAGACCAGCACCAAGCCUGUUGAAGCUCCGAAGCCAAAACCCGCAACAGGUCCAGUCCCGGACACAGUUGCCGAAGUCACAUCCGGCUCCUUGCAGCAGCCGUCUCCGCCCAGACCCAAAAAGGCAAAGAAGAGGGCGAAAAAGGCACAACUGUCGUAUGCGGAAGCCUUGAAGGGCAAGGGCGUGCCAAACUCUCCAAAAGCCACGAUGGAGACGCGCCUAGCCGUUGAGGCCGUUGAGAGGCUUUCCGUUGAUAAUCUUGCCGUUGAGAAGCUUACCGUGGGCGCCGACAAGGUUCGCAACGGCCGUGGCAGCAUAACCAAGACGGCGUCGCCAACCGUGGCUCUGCCACAGGCUGCGCUGCUGGCGUCUGCCGCUGGCGCUGCUGAAAAGCAGCCCCGUAAGGUUACCGAAGGCGAGCAUGAGAGUUUCUCAACCGGCCAAGAAAAGUUUGAUGUUGCUUCAUCCAAGGCAACGGCACAAGCUCCACAUGGAGAAGCCGACAAAGGUAACCUGCUGUCUCUACUUAAAGACAGCACGCCCGCCAGUCCAAAGGACUACCACUCUCGCCGUUACUCUUCCAACGACCGCCCACCUCCGUCUUUAGACUUUAUCGACUCUAUCAUUGAAGAAGCCCUCCGCAUGGAAGAAGACAGAAUCCGCAAAAUGGAGGAGAGAGCGGCUCGUACCAGCGAAGUGAUUGCCGCCCAUGACCAGGGUGAAAUCCAGCUCUGGGACACACAGUACGAGUGGGAUCUCUUGAUCGUCUGUGGCGGCCUGAGCUGGAGAGUCCACCACGACAUUGUCAGCCGCGAGUCGAUGUGGCUCGCCGAGGCCAUCCCGCCCAAGGACAGCCACGGGGGAUACGUCAUCUACAACUGCCCUUACACGUCGUGGGCGCUGGAGAUCGCCACGGCGCUCCAGUUCAUGUACACCAAGCGGUGGGAGCGCGUCGUCCUCGACCCGUACUACCCGCACGACGGCGAGGUGCUGCGGGUCAACGUGUUCCACUACAUCUGCGGCGUGUCGGUCGGCUGCCCCAGCAUGAUUAACCACGCCGUGGCCGCCAUCGACGGCGCCACCAUGGUGCUCGCCCAGUUCCUGCCGGGCCACGUCGACUUCGACCUGUCGCGCCUGUACCAGCCGCUCGAGGUCGCCCUGAUCACGAUGUACGACCAGGGCGACGGCGCCCUCAUGCAACCCCUCCGCUCGGCCAUGGCGCGCCUCGUCGACGUGUCUCUUAUGUGGCUGGUGCGCAACCACGGCUUCUACUUCACCUUCACGACCCGCUGGUUCCCCUCCCUGUACGACAAGCUCAAGGCCGACAACAUCCGCUUCGGCGCCUUGGGUCUGCUAGACGUGCUGGCCCACCCGGGCGAGACGGCAGAGGAGAGGGCGCUGCGCCUCGACCUCCAGGAACAGGGCCGCGCCGCCUCGGGAGGACCAGCCUGGGAGGACCCGCGCGACCUUUUCGAGGUGGCUCCCCGGGGCUGCCCGCCCCAGGGAAAGGAAAACACCGCUCCUGCUCCUGCUCCUCUCACUCAUCGCCGGAAUUCUUCUUCGCCUCGCGCCACGGCCGGUUCCGUUUCGCCCGCUUCCCCUGCCUCCUCGGCCACCGUCACCGGCAUUGCGAUUCCUCGCGGCAGCAGCGGCAGCAACAACGCUGCGCCCGACAUCCCGCUUACCCACCUCAGCCCCCGGUUUCUUUAAGAGGCCAGAGGGGCGCCGUACAUCCAUACAUGCAUAUAUGGAGCUGAAUAUCCUGAGAAUAUCAUUCGGCAAUGUGUCAUAGCUCUCGAGGAAACUGCCCAACUCUGUUUCUCCCACCUUACCUAGGUAGCUACGAACAGCUUACUUCGCGCUACCUCACCUCACACCAACCUUAUUCAUACCCGACCAACCUUGCUCGCCUAGCCAGGAGAAACAUCAUUGCCGGGACCACAA